CUUCGCGGCGGGGGUUGAGGGGAGCCUCAUUUUCCCCCACCGUACGGAAGAAGAUGAGGCAUGUGCCUCCUUGCUGGAGUUUUCCCCCUGUUCCCUUGCCCUUACAGAGGACAGACUCCGGCUCUGGGCUUCACCGGGGUCUUGAGGAGCUCUGGUGUACGGGUUCAGCCGCAGGUGUGGCCAGGCAAAGGGAAGCUGAGCGACGCGAGCGCCCCCUAGGGUCAGGACGGCGGGGCCUGGGCAGGAGGACGUCUGGUACGAGCGGGAGGGCGGCGGCCGUAGAGCUUCCGGGAGCCGGGGCGCGGACACUUCCCAGAGGAGCCUGCGGCCCACACCGCGGGGUCGCGCAGACUUUAAAAGAACCAAUACACAGCAAACAUAGGGGAAAGUGCACAGAGCCCGAACCCCACCAACCCACAUUUUACAGGCUUUCUUGUAUAGCCUGCAUCCAGUACAGAUGGCCAUUUCAUGAAGUUAAGACUGGCUGUCUUCCCUCCUGUUGUUCCCCCAAUGCCUGCUCUCCCAAGGUCAGUUUGGAGGCCUGCAGUAUGGCUUCAUCCUCCUCUAUCCCAGCCUGUCCCACUCAGUCUAAGAAGCCUGGAAACAAGAUAGCUGACUGGUUCAGACAGACUCUGUUAAAGAAGCCCAAGAAGAUGCCGGUCUCCGAGGAAAGCGAGCUCAGUGAUGGUCCACAGAGAGCCACACAAGAUGGUCUCCUACCCUCAAACUGCAGCCCACCCCAGAGCCGCAGCUCACCGGAGAGCUGCAGCUCACCCCAGAACCCCAGUUCAGGAAUAUCUUCUGUGCCACCAUCAACACACUUGGAUACGAGCUGCAGCAGUGGCCGCUGGAGCAAAGACUAUGACGUCUGCGUGUGCCACAGUGAAGAGGACUUAGAGGCCGCCCAACAGCUGGUCUCCUACUUGGAGGGUUGCAAGGCCGGCCUACGCUGCUUCCUGCAGCUUCGGGAUGCAACCCCAGGUGGCGCCAUUGUUACAGAGCUAUGCCAGGCACUGAGUAGUAGCCAUUGUCGUGUGCUAUUCAUCACCCCAGGCUUCCUUCGGGAUCCCUGGUGCAAGUACCAGAUGCUGCAAGCCCUGACGGAGGCCCCAGGGUCGGAGGGUUGCACCAUACCCCUGCUAUCCGGCUUGACCAGAGCCGCCUACCCGCCAGAACUCCGAUUCAUGUACUAUGUGGAUGGCAGAGGCCAGGACGGUGGCUUUUACCAAGUCAAGGAGGCUGUCGUCCGCUAUCUGGAGACACUAAGUUGACACUUAAGUUUUCAUGAGAAAAGCUGGAAAUAACUCACACCAGGUCUCGGAUUCCAGGAAAUACAGCAGGAGGCAUAAUGAGCCAGAGCCAGAGCCAGCCGCACGUGUACAUGACACAGGAUCAGAUUGCCACCAGCCUCCAUUACUGGGGGCCCUGUAAGACGGCCAGGCAGAAGAUGGGGACCCCCCCCAAGGAGACCAGGCGAAAGAUGGGGAUUCCCCAAGAAGGGCAAGAGGAAACCAGGGACUCCCCCAGGAAGGCAACAAGGAAGUCAGAAAUUGGAGUGUGAUAUGGGGGAGGGCAGCAGUGUCUCAUCUGCUGCUUGAUGGGACAGGAAACGGACACACAGCUGGCUUCUUCCCUUGGAAUCAGGCACUGGGGUGAUAGGCACCACUCCUCCAGAGGGAUGGGCCUGCCUGGUGAACUAGAAGUCAGUGCUCUUCCCACUUGCCUAGGAAAACUGGGAAGAGGUGACAGGUAUCAAGCCCUUUGCACACUAUUACAGCUCUUUCUCAGAGCUGACAACUCACUUCACAGAGCUGGAUGACAGACACAUUCAGACCCACACUGAAUUUCACUUACUGAGCAAAUGUCAUUAAAGAUGCAAACUUAGAGGCUGGAGAGAUGGCUCAGUGGUUAAGAACUCUUGUUGCUUUUGCAGAGGACCAGGGUUCAAUUCCCAUGAUCCACAUGGGGGCUCAUUAGCCUUAUCUAUAACUCUACUUCCAGGGGAUCCAAUGCCUUUAACCAGGAUUUCCUUGGGCACCAGGCACACAUGUGGAAUACACACACACACAUAUACAUACAUGCAGGCAAAGCAAUCAUACACAUAAAGAAAUAUUUUUUUAAUUAGAAAUAUGAACCUAGAACUAUAGAUGGAGCCUGUGGUAGAACUCUUGCUUGCCUGAGGGCUUGGUUUUCACCUCUAGCACUACAAGAGAGAAAACACGGACCUAGAAGCUAUUCUGAACACAUGAACAAGUGGGGAGAAGGGAAGCCAGGGUACAGGGCUCCUUCCCCUGGGUCAAAAACCCACUGAUCCUGUGACACAUGGGGCCUCCUCAGACAUCUGCUAGAGCCCAUGCUUUGCAGCGCCUGCCCUUAUAUUGAUCCGAGUGGAAUUAGUGUUCUCAAUCUAGCACCAGAGUGCAUCCUCAGGGAGAGACAAGGUGUUACCUGUGUUCUCAGUAAGAACAGCAACAUGGUCAACUGAUUAUCAUUGUUUACCCUGAUGUGUAUCUUGAGCCUCUUCUCUUCCUUUUGACAUGUUCCUUUACUGAAAAUAUUUUUAAAUUAUGAUUUUUCUGUGACAUACAAAAUAUCUAAAAGAUAUUUUAUCCUUUACUGUACUUUACCAUACUCAUGCACCUACCACAUAGCUUAUUCCCAACAUGUUCUUCAUCCUUUGUGUUCUGAAUUCCAGGCUCUUCAUGUUUCCUAACAAAAUAACCGCUAUUCUGAAUUUUGAAUUAUUUUGAGCUUUUCUAAGUUUCUAUAGAUGUAUGCAAAUCAGCAACAUGUUAUAUAAUUUUAAGACUAUCUUUUAUACAAAUUGCAUCACAAUGUACAUUUUUUUGACAUGUUUGUGAGGUGUGUUCAUGUUAAUGUGUCAUUCAUGAGUGUCCUUCUAGGUCAACAGUUCUCAACCUGUAGGUCACAACCCCUUCAUAGGGUUGUGUAUCAGAUAUCCUGCAUAUCAGAGAUUUACACUAUUCAUAAUAAUAGCAAAAUUACAGUUAUGAAGUAGCAAUGAAAGUAACUUUAUGGCUGGGGUCACCACAUGAGGAACUGCAUUAAAGGGUCUCAGCAUUAAGGAAGGCUGGGAACCACUGCUCUAAGAUCACCUUAAAGUGAAGUCCAGGUACUUUCUCCCUAAGUUUUAGUUACAUACCUCUAAUUCAUGAGAUGUUUUUUAAAGCAUGACAUUUUUAUUAUAGUUUAAAAUACUUUUUAUGAAGCUGUAGUCAGUGCUUUUUCUGUCUUACAAAGUUCCUCCUGUGUUGUUCUUACAUUUUCUUCUAUAUUCAGUCUUGAAAAACAUUGAUUAUGUUUUCUUCCAAAGUGUUUCUAUUCAUAUUUAGAUCUUUACUCCACUUGGGGUUGUUUUGUUAUUUUGUUGUUGUUUGUUUUGUUGGCUUUUGAAACAGGGUCUGUAAGCUAGACUAACCACAGACUUGAGAUCCUCCUAGCUCAACCUCCCAGAUGUUCGGAUUCCAGGCAUUUUAAGUUAUGGCAUUAUUAUUGCUGGCUAGUUCUUGGUUUUCAAGGCAGAAAUCCAAUUCUUUUCUCUCAGUUUCUAUGAGUUACUCAGUAGUCUAUCCUAUCCCCACUGUUUGUUAUUUUUCUAUUUGUUUGAGAUAGGAUCUCACUAUGUAUCUAUCCCUGGCUGGCCAAGAAUUCACUAUGUAGACCAGAUUGGCCUCAAACACAUACAGGUCUUCCUGCCUCUGCCUCCCCAGUGCAGUGCUGGGAUUAAAGUUGUGGGCUAUCACACCCGGCUACUGCUGUUCCAUACUGUCAUAUGUAUGUGUCUAGUGUCUAGUAUCCCCUAUGUUAGUGCCACGGAAUCUUUUAAGAAGCCUUAAUGUGCCAGGCAGUUGUGGUACCUGCCUUUAAUCUCAGCAUUUAGGAGGCAGAGGUAGGAGGAUCUCUGAUUUUAGGUCAACCUGGUCUACAGAGCAAGUUCUGGGACAGCAAAGGCUCCACAGAUAAACCCUGUGUAUCUUUAUUGGAGUUAUAUUCAGUUUAUGGACUUGACUUGGAAGAACAAGUACUUUUAUGACAAAGUCUUCCUCUCCAUAAAGGAGUGUUACCACUUAAGUCCUUCAAUGUAUUUCAAUAAAUUUGUAUAAUAUUUUUCAUAUUUAUUAAUCUCAUAUUUUAUUAGAUUUAUUUUUCACUUCAUACUUCUGCUGCUACUGUAAAGAAUUUUAAAAUUAUAUAUAUGCCUUUUGUUGCCAAAAAGGAUUAUAUAUAAUAUAUUGGUGUAACUUUAAUAAUGUGCUGAGUUAUUUAUUGUAAAUGACUAUUUUAUUGAGUUUCUGUGCUUCUUAGGACUUCCAGUGCAAUUGUGAAAGAAUUGACAACAACAGCCAUUCGGGCACAUUUAUUAGAGGGAAUACUUCAACCAUUACACCAUUAAAAUGUGCCUACUUAGCCAAGCACAGUGGCCCAUGCCUGUAAUCCCAACACUCAAGGAGGCAGUAGCAAGGGGGGAAUCUCUGUGAGUUUGAGGCCAGCCUGGUCUACAAAGCCAGUCCAGGACAGCCAGGGCUACACAGAGAAACCUUUUCUCAAAAACAAAAACAAAAAAGGCUGAAUUUUUUUGUUGUUGAAUAACUAUUGAUUUUAAAAUUAAGCGGUAACUUAAUCAUGUCAGUGGACAAGGACCUUUCCGAUUCUGAGGGUCUACAAUUUAAAGUCAUGAGGGAGAGGUUGAAUGAGUGUGUGUGGAGUCACAGGUUCCCCACUUUCUCUUCUUAGGUUCAAGUGCUCUAACUGCACUAAAUGUUCAUCUUCCUUGGUUCCUUUCUACCUAGUAGUAACUGCCCUUCCUGGCCCUAAUAGAAUUGUUUUACAUUUGACUGGCAGCUAGGUGCUCCUGUCUCCUAGGCAGAAGACUAGAGGACUAUUCUGGGGAAUCAAAACUGCACAAUAGAAAAUUCUCACAGACUUCGGUGUUGGUAACUCCAAAAUUACGUAAGGCGAGUUUUAAGGUGGACUAGCUCAUCUAGUGCUAUAGUGGCACAAAACAUGUGGGAAUAACUAAUCAAUAUCUGAUUGGAUUUCAGUCCCAGUUCAGGAGAUGCAUAGUUCAGAGACUUUUUGAAAUCAAACACAUGGUAAAUCCUCCUACCUCAGAUUUCAAAUGAUAGAAUAAUAGUAUGAGCCACCAUACUUAGCUUAAUCUGUUAUUUCUCACAGAUAUGUCCCCAAUUAGGAACUUAUGAGGUUGUAUUAGUUGCUUUCUAUUGCUGUGAUAAAACAUCAUGACCAAAACAACAUAAGGAGGGGUUUAUUUGGGCUUACAGUUCCAGAGGGUCCACCACAGCCGAAAAGCUGGUGGCAAACAGAAGGUUGGAACAGGUUUAUUGUGGGGCUUUUGCGAACCUGUUUGCGGUUCAAAUAAGACACAGGACUUCUAUAUUGUUUAAAGCUGUUGGCCUUUAGCUGUGGCAGUCUCUUAGCUACUACAUCUAAAAUCCUCCACCAUCUCUCUCCAUGUGGUUCUGUUGAGAUCUGCUUCAGCUUUUUGCCUAAACUAUAGCCAUAAGCCAUUUUGUUCCUAGUUUCCAUCUGGAUUGUGAGGGGAAAUUAAGUUCAAAUUCUCAGAGUCUGCUUGAUUGUCCAAUAAUGGUGUCAGUGACUAAUCCUAAAAGGGCAGGGUAACCUCGUAUCUUCCUGUGAUACAAUGAUGUUAUCAUGCUUUGUCAUCUCUACAUUUGGUUACACCCUGGGUACACUAUGAAAGACCCCAGUCACUGCCUUGCUUGCCCACUUGGAACCAAUCAGCUAAAAGGUCAACUGAAAAUGUAAUACUGCUCUUCCCCUUGCUCUCCAUCCUUGGUUUUUCUAUAAAAAGCUUGCUGUAAGAGCAGACCAGCGAUCAUGAUCAGCCUGUAACAGGUAUUCAAUAAACCAUCAAUUUCUGACUGA